AUGGAUGAAGUAGAGAUACCUCAAUAUUUUUUAUGUCCUAUAUCACUUAUGAUCAUGAAAGAUCCGGUGACAACGGUGACCGGAAUAACAUAUGAUCGAGAAAGCAUCGAGAUGUGGUUGUUAACGGCUGAGGAAGAAGCCAUGACAACCACAUGUCCGGUGACAAAGCAAAUUUUGCCUAGAGACAUCGAGUUGUUGACACCAAAUCAUAUGCUAAGACGAAUUAUUCAAGCUUGGUGUAUUGCUAAUGCAAGUAAGGGGAUUGAUAGAAUACCAACCCCUAAAUAUCCUUUGAACAAAUCUCACAUUCUUCGACUCGUUCGUCAGGUGAAUAAUGAUAAGCUUUGUGUUGAAGCAUUGAGGAAAAUUGAUGUUUUGGUGAUUGAGAAUAAUGAGAAGAACAAGAAGUGUUUGGAGGAAGUUGGUGCAAUUAAGGCUAUGGUUACUUUUAUAGUAAAAAGUUUUAAAGAAAGAAAACUAAUCAAUGGUCUUGAAGAGGCUUUAAGAAUUUUCCACCUUGUUUGGAGCUCAACAAUUGAAAAUAUUCAACUUGUCAAGGAAAAUCGCGAUCUAAUUGAAGCUAUUUCAUGGAUCUUGAGGAGUGACAUGACCAAAAAUCAAGUUGUUAUCAAGACUCAAGCAAUGAUGGUCUUGAAAAAUGUAACAGAAGUCUUGAGUUCAAAUCUUCUAUCAAGGCUAAACCCUGAGUUCUUUCAAGAAUUGGUGAAUACUUUACGAAAAGAAAGUGAACAUCACAUCUCUCAACAAGCAACAAAAGGCGCGUUACAAGUUCUAAUAAAUGCUUGUCCAUGGGGAAGAAACAAGCAUAAGAUCAUCGAAUCAGGAGCCAUAUUCGAGCUCAUAGAGCUCGAAUUAGGCAACGCUGAAAAGAGGGUUUCAGAGUUGGUACUUUGUGUUCUAGCACAUUUGUGUACUUUGGCUGAUGGUAGGGCUGAAUUUUUGAAACAUGCUGGUGGACUUAGUGUUGUUGCUAAAAGGACACUUAGGGUUUCUUCAUCCACAGAUGAUUGUGCAAUUCAAAUUUUUGGAUCAAUUUCAAGGUGUUCAGCCACAAAAGAAGUGUUGAUGGAAAUGUUGAGAGUUGGAGUUGUGUCAAAACUUUGUAUGGUGAUUCAAGCUAGUUGUGGUGAGUAUUUGAAGAAAAAAGCUAUGGAGAUCUUGAAGACACAUUCAAAUGUUUGGAGUAAUUCUCCAUGUAUACAAGUUUAUCUCUUGACUAGAUAUCCCGGACAAUAGGGUCCAACAACAUAUCAGUAUAAUUCUACAAAUGGGGGGAUUGGAGAAGAU